UGCGUGUUUGACGUCAGAAACUGCAAACUAAUGAUCCAAUAAAAAGGGAAACCUGCCUGGAAAAAAGGGGAAACCGUGGCCACGCAGCUCAGUCGGAGAGGUCGAGACAACGCCACGGCCACGCUGUCACUUCUCAAGUCAACACAGAAGACCUGAGAGCCUCAAACAUGCCGCUUUCCAGCAGCUCCACGUCCUCCACGAAGAGCAUCCGCAGAGCAGCAUCCGAGCUGGAGAGGUCUGAUUCCAUCACGUCCCCAAGAUUCGUCGGGAGACGCCAGAGCUUGAUCGAGGACGCGCGCAAGGAGAGAGAAGCCGCCGCCGCAGCGGCAGAAGCAGCAGAGGCCAGCGAACAGAUAGUGUUUGAGGAGGACGAUGGAAAAGCUCUUCUCAACCUCUUCUUCACCUUAAGAAGCUCGAAGACUCCGGCACUGUCGCGGACGCUCAAAGUUUUUGAGACAUUUGAAGCCAAAAUUCACCACUUGGAGACGCGGCCGUGCCGGAAGCCGAAGGACAACCUCGGAGGCCUGGAGUACUUUGUUCGCUGCGAGGUGCACCUCUCAGACGUCAGCACUCUGAUCAGCUCCAUCAAGAGGAACGCAGAGGACGUCAAAACCACCAAAGAAGUCAAAUUUCACUGGUUCCCAAAGAAAAUCGCGGAUUUGGACCGAUGUCAUCAUCUGGUCACAAAAUUUGAUCCAGACUUAGACCAAGACCAUCCUGGCUACACAGACCCGGCCUACAGACAGAGGAGGAAAAUGAUCGGAGACAUCGCCUUCAGAUACAGACACGGGCAGUUAAUUCCCCGAGUGGAAUACACCGAAGAGGAGAUUGGCACGUGGCGGGAGGUGUAUUCAACUUUGAGAGACUUGUACAGCACCCAUGCCUGCACUGAAUACCUGGAGGCCUUCCGCCUGCUAGAACGGCACUGCGGCUACUCUCCGGACAAAAUCCCCCAGUUGGAAGACGUGUCUCGCUUCCUGAAAGAGCGCACCGGCUUCCAGCUGCGUCCAGUGGCAGGUCUGCUCUCAGCCAGAGAUUUUCUGGCCAGUUUGGCCUUUCGCAUUUUCCAGUGCACCCAGUACAUCCGGCACGCCUCCUCCCCGAUGCACUCCCCGGAGCCUGACUGCGUCCAUGAACUGUUGGGCCACGUGCCCAUGCUGGCCGACCGCACCUUCGCCCAGUUUUCACAGAACCUCGGUCUGGCUUCACUGGGGGCUUCGGAUGAAGAUAUUGAGAAACUGUCCACACUGUACUGGUUCACAGUCGAGUAUGGCUUAUGCAAACAGAACGGCGAGGUGAAGGCUUACGGAGCCGGGCUGCUCUCUUCGUAUGGCGAACUCGUGCACUCCCUGUCCGACGAACCAGAGACCAGGGAGUUUGAUCCAGAGGCUGCAGCGGUGCAGCCCUACCAGGACCAGACGUACCAACCCGUCUACUUUAUAUCUGAGAGUUUUUCAGACGCAAAGGAGAAAUUCAGGACUUACGUAACCGGCAUCAAGCGGCCGUUCUCGGUGAGGUUCGACCCGUACACCAGCAGCAUCGAAGUCCUGGACAACCCGCUGAAGAUCCAAGGAGGCCUGGAGGGCGUGAAGGACGACCUGAAGGCGCUGACAGACGCCCUGAGCAUUUUAUCAUGAGUUCCGUGACCACCCUGCUGUUGUUUGCUUCCUCUCCGCUGAGCUCCGCAAUGUCCGGCAAGACCAAUGUGUUCUUCUUUCUGUGCUGUGCUCCACUAUGACGCUGAGUUGUUGCUUGUCGUGGCCGGCUGGUUGGUUGGUUGGUUGGUUGGUUGGUUAAUUAAUUAACAAGGUCACAACCAUUAAAACCUCAAAACACAGCACCGCCAAAAAAGGUUCCAAAGAUGUUUCGCGCCUCUCUGCAUGUGAAAUGAUAGCGUUUUACCGACUGGGCCGUCAAAUCCAGCUUUUAUUUAAAAAAUAAUAAUAAAAAAAUAAAGCGAAAGUGUGUCGUUUGAGAAUCGUGUCAAAAUUGGAACCAAAAUCAAAGGGAACUGUGAUUAUGAAUGUAUUAAACUAAAAUAAAUAAAUAAAUGAGUAUAUUAAAGUAUUUUAAAGUCAAAGAGACAUAACAGUGUAGAUUAAUAUUUUAACCAUUUAUUUUACCUAGAAAAAAAAAUCUAUAAACUGUAACUAUAACUAUAAACUAUAACUGCCUUUAUUUUACAGAUGUGUGUAUUCGGUAUUUGAGUAAAUGGACUUGCUGAUUGAUUUUUGGUCUUUGGUAUUUUAUGCUGUUUUUGUCUUGCAGUGUAAAUGCAUAGCAGAAAAAUAAUGCAAAUCUAAAAUUCUGUGUAAUAAUCUGUUGAUAACAAUCUGUCAAAGAAUAAAGAACUGCAAACUGA